GAAGGAAGUGAGAGUGCGUGGGAGUGAGGAAUUUGAAGGGAAGACGAAAUGGAAAGCGAGAAUCCGAAUCCCGAUGGAAACGCCGCUCUGAUCGACUCCUUCUGCGAAAUCACUUCGUCUUCCAAACAAGAAGCCCUCUUCUUCCUCGAAAGCCACAACUUCGACCUCGAUGCCGCCGUUUCAACCUUUCUAGAUAACAACAAUAACCCCAUCCCUCUAAACGACGACCAUCCCAACGACAACGACAACCCCCCUAACGACAACAUCGUCUCCCACUCCUCGCCCUCACCCUCCGAUUCUCACUCUCCGGACUUCUACCCCUCUCCCUCCCCCUCACCUUCUCGCGCUCCCUACGAGCUCCGAUCCCGUAGGUCUCUCGGUAAGAAACCCUCCACUAGUCGCCAAGGUAGAAUCCGCACCCUCGGUGAUAUCAAACGCUCUUCUCGCGAUGAUGAUUCUGACUCCGAUCCUGAUUUUGAACCUGAUGAGUACUACACUGGAGGCGAAAAGAGUGGCAUGCUUGUCCAAGAUCCUACCAAAGGUAACAGUGUGGAUGAUAUUUUUGAUCAAGCGAGGCAGUCAGCUGUUGAUGUGCCUCCUGAAAAUCCACAAAACUCUUCAAGGUCAAGAAGUUUUACUGGAACAGGAAGAUUGCUUUCUGGAGAGACUCUGCCAUCUGCUCCUCAGCCGAUAGAGGAAAUUACCCACACAAUCACUUUUUGGAGGAAUGGGUUCUCUGUCAAUGAUGGUCCUUUACGGAGGUUGGAUGAUCCACGAAAUGCACCAUUUCUGGAGAGCAUAAAGAAGUCUGAAUGUCCCAAAGAGCUUGAACCCGCAGAUCGAAGUACUUCUGUCCAUGUCAACCUCACGAGGCGGGAUGAAAACUACCCCGAACCAGUGAAGCCACGCCAUCUUCCUUUCCAAGGUGUUGGAAGAACCUUAGGUAGCAGCAGCUCCAGUGGUGAAGCUGCUGAUGAACCUAUUCAAACAACUGGUGCUUCAGGAAUUACUGCUCCAGUGCCAACAAUGGGUUUAGUUGUAGAUGAGUCGCAGCCAGUGACAUCAAUCCAGUUAAGGUUAGCUGAUGGGACACGCAUGGUUUCUCGCUUCAAUCACCACCAUACAAUCAGAGAUGUCCGAGCAUUCAUCGAUGCAUCAAGACCCGGUGGAGUAAGAAGUUACCAACUGCAGACAAUGGGUUUUCCUCCCAAACAACUCUCUGAUUUGGACCAGACUAUAGAGCAAGCUGGUAUAGCCAAUUCAGUCGUUAUCCAAAAAUUGUAGGCUGUUUACCUGAUUUAUUUCCAGUUGACUUGAAUUUACUAUUCAUAUGGUUAAACAUUGAUUGAUCUACUUUUAUUUUAUUGAAUUUCAUAAAAUGUUCAUUAUUAGUACUGAGCACAUAUUCCAUCCUUAAUUGCCUUUAGUUAAUAUAAAUGUUUGAAUGGAUGCAGAAUUACUAGGAAAAUUAGUUCCAAAAUUUUAGUCGGUCGUAUUCAUCCAAUAAUUUUAACUUAUGAUGAGAAGAUUCCUUCGG